AUGGGCGACGGUACAGACUAUCCCAGUCCAAGAAGUGAAGGGCCGAGCGGACCGAGCGCUAUCCUCAUUGCUGCUCCCGAAUCGCUUUCGCCUCCAAAAAUGACCGACUCUAUUUCAAACCCUGCGACAGAUGGAACGCGCCCGAGGCUGUCGGUGCGCCGGUCGCGCGAUCCCCCCAAGAACGAGGUCAACCAGAUCUACUGCGACCAUACCGACUGCCAGUCGAAUCCGCCCACAUUUCGCCGCCCGUGUGAAUGGAAUAAACACAUGGACAAGCACGAUCGGCCUUACAAAUGCAUGGAACCAGGAUGUGACAAAAUUCAGGGAUUUACAUACUCGGGUGGCCUUCUCCGACACCAACGCGAAGUGCACAAGAAAAAUGCGACCGCCAAAAAGUUGCUCAUGUGUCCGUACGGCGACUGUAACCGCAGCAAAGGCGAUGGUUUUACCAGGCAAGAAAAUCUGAAGGAGCACCUGCGACGCCGCCAUAUGCACACGGAUACGGGAUCUUCUUCGGAGCUUUCAGCACUUGCGGUUGCCGAGGUCGAAGGACUCAAGUCGACGUUCUUGGAGCAAAGCCCGAAUAGUCUAAAGCGCAAACACGAUGCUACCGAGUCGCCACUAGACGUUCUGGAAGGAGAUGGGGACGAUUCAGUGGACCUUCACGACGAGGUGAAGCGCCUGCGGCGUGAAGUCGAGGAGAAGGACCGACGCUUGGAGGAACUGGAGAGGAUAGUCGCUGGUCUGCAGCAAUCGAUUCCUCAACCCGGCUUGUCGGUAGUUGCUACUAGCGAAGUUUGA